UCCUUUCUCCUCUCCCGAUUUAAGGUCGUUGAGGGUCUCUCACUCGCUCUCCGCCACUAGCAGCAUUCAGAGGAGGAUCUUUAAAAGAUAUAUCUAUCAUUGCAAAGAUCAUAAGAAGUUCCUUUGAAGGGAGUGUUUUCUCCUUGAGCCAAGAAUGGCCAGAAGUCCCGCUCUGUCCUGGACCGUCCUCCCCUUCGGCCUGCUCUUCUUAGUCCACGGAGUCCACUGCUUGUUCCUGCCCAAUGCCACCCACCUGGAAAGCCUCCUGAGCCGGUACCAGGAUCGACAGCCCCACUCGAGGACCAAGAGGGCCAUCUCCAGAUCGGACAAAGAGGAGAUCCUGAUGCUUCAUAAUAAGCUGAGAGGCCAAGUCUAUCCUUCGGCCUCCAACAUGGAGUACAUGACCUGGGAUGAAGAGCUGGAGAGAUCUGCUGAAUCCUGGGCCCAGCAGUGCGUUUGGGACCACGGCCCCGCCACCCUCCUGAUGUCUAUUGGUCAAAACCUGGCAGUUCAUUGGGGCAGGUACCGAUCUCCGGCUUUCCAUGUCCAGUCUUGGUACGAUGAAGUUAAGGACUAUACAUACCCAUAUGCUCAUGAAUGUAAUCCGUGGUGCCCAGAGAAAUGCACAGGACCGAUGUGUACUCAUUACACGCAGAUUGUUUGGGCCACCACCAAUAAGGUCGGCUGUGCUGUGAACGUCUGCAAGAGGAUGAAUGUCUGGGGUGAGACCUGGGAGAACGCCGUCUACCUGGUCUGCAAUUAUUCUCCCAAGGGGAACUGGAUCGGAGAAGCGCCAUACAAACAUGGCAGACCUUGCUCUGAAUGUCCGCCUAGCUACGGAGGAGGAUGCCAGAAUGACCUGUGCCACAAAGACGACCGUUAUGUACAAAAGCCGGAGGUGGAGGAGACCAACGAGGUGGAGCUGUCCCAAGUGACGGAGGACAAACACGUGUGGGUGCAGGAGAAGGUGACCAAACCUGCCAAGGAGGGGAAACCAUCUGCCACAACCUACAUGACACAAGCCAUCAAGUGUGAGACCAAAAUGAGAGACAGAUGCAAAGGAUCCACCUGUAACAGAUACCUGUGUCCGGCGGGCUGCUUGAACAACAAGGCGAAAGUGUUCGGGACGUCCUUCUAUGAGACUUCCUCCAGCAUAUGCCGGGCCGCCAUUCAUUCUGGGAUGCUGGACAACAGGGGAGGCCUGGUCGACAUCACCCGGCGGGGCCGAGCCGACUUCUUUGUGAAAUCGGCAAGAAAUGGCGUCGAAUCCUUGAGUAAAUUCAAACCUUCGAAUUCCUUCGUCCUUUCGAAAGUCACAGUGCAGACUCUGGAUUGUUACACCACGGUGGAGGAGCUCUGCCCAUUCAAGAAACCAGCGGCUCAUUGUCCCAGGUCCUACUGUCCAGCUUACUGCAAAGAAGAGCCUUCCUACUGGGCACCGGUGUACGGCACAAAUGUUUACGCGGAUGUGA